UAUAUCUAGAAUCUAAAUAGAUCUAACAUAGUCUAAAGAUCUAGAUCUAUUAUUCUUCUAAAAAAUAUCUAAUAUGUAGAUCUAGAUCUAUCGAUUCAAAUUCAAAGAUUAAUUUCUAUUUCACAUCCAUAUACCCAAAAAAUACCACCUAAAAAUAUUCGUUUCGUAAUUUUCGCGAACUAGAUCUAAUUUCUAAUUAUUAUUUUUUUUUAACUUUCAAAAACUGAUCAACACUUUGGUCUCAACAUUGAAAAAUUCUACUUUCAAUUUGACAAGGCUUUUCGCGGCAACUAACUAUUGAGUCUAUUGUUAAGUAUUGAAUUGAUGAUCUCAUAGAUCUAGAUCUACAUCUAGACUAUAUUGAGGGUUCGAGAUCUAGACCUGAUUACAAAUAAUAACUCAUAAGUCAAAAUCAAACUGGCAAUAUACUUUUAAAAUGGUAAAAUCUAAGCCAGUUUCCCCUGAAAAAGGUAGACCGCAGUCUAUUGACAGAAAACAAGCUUUCAAAUCUCCAAGUAAAACGCCUACGAAAUCACCUAGAAACAAACUCUUCUCAACACCAGAUCUAGAACAUGCAUCACCAGUUAAAAACCUCUGUAGGAUAUCAUCUCCUGCAAAAAAGAAUUUAUUUGGUGUCCAGGCAUCACCCAAACGCCAACAGAUUGUUCCACCCAAGUGCAAUUCCCCAAGAAAAAGCUCUGUCGCUAUGUCAUCUAGUCAAUCCUUAAAUGAUCCACUUGCAGAAGUGCAGCAAAUUUUAAGACAGAGAAUUUCUCAACAUUGUUUUCCACCUCUAAUUAUUGGAUAUGAAAAGGAGAAAAGUCAGCUGUAUGAUCUCAUUAAAAGAACAGCAACAACCGGUGAGAGUAAUUCUUUACUUGUGAUAGGGCCCAGAGGCUGCGGAAAGACAAUGCUCAUUUCCAAGGUUGUGGAUGAAUUACUUAGUUCCAGUACUAUCAGAGAGAAUCUAUUGCUAGUCAAGUUAAAUGGUCUGCUACAAACAAAUGAUAAGAUUGCACUAAGGGAGAUAACUCUACAGCUUCAGCUUGAAAAUACAGUUGGUGAUAAAGUUUUUGGGUCUUUUGCAGAGACACUGCAGUUUCUUUUACAGGCUUUGAAGAGUGGUAACCAGAACAGUAAGCCAAUCCUGUUUAUACUAGAUGAGUUUGAUCUGUUUGCUCAGCAUAAAAACCAAACUUUGUUGUACAAUCUCUUUGAUAUAGCACAAUCAGCUCAGGCUCCUAUCUGUGUCAUUGGCGUCACUUGUCGCCUGGAUGUCAUAGAGCUAUUAGAGAAAAGAGUCAAGUCUCGGUUUUCUCAUAGACAGCUUCAUUUGUUUAACAAACUGACGUUGAAACAGUACAGGGAGAUGUGCAGGCAGUACCUUAGUUUAUCUAAUGAUUUCCCUUGUCCAGAUUUUGUUCAAAAGUGGAACCAAAAUAUAAAUGACCUCCUGCAUGAAGUGUCUGUUAAAGAUAUUUUAGAAAGGCAGUUUUCACUUUCCAAUGAUGUCCGUGGUCUUAUUUCACUCUUAACCUACCCUGUUUGUCAGAUAAGCUCUAGCCACCCGCAAGUCACUGCUGCUGAUUUUGUCAUGUCUUUUAAAUUUCUUUCAAAUGAUACCAAGUCUUCCAUGUUACAUGGGAUAUCCACACUAGAACUGUGCCUUAUCAUUGCCAUGAAACAUCUGACUGAUAUUUAUGAAGGAGAACCUUUCAAUUUUGAGAUGGUUUACAGUGAAUAUCUCAAGUUUGCUAAAAGAAGAGCUGGUAUACAGGUCUACGAGAAGGCUGUUGUUAUGAAGGCUUAUGAACAUCUGCAAGCUCUGGAACUGAUCAGAGGUCUCAACAGUUCUGGAAGUAUGACCAGUGGAGUCCAAGCUUUGAAAGAAUACAAACUAAUGACGCUUCUUGUUCACCCGGCUCAGCUCCUAGAUGCUCUUCAGAAAUAUCCAAAUUGUCCUACAGAAAUAAAACAGUGGGCCUCACAAAGCAUUAAUUGAUUAUGUCACCACCAAAUGACCAGAUUUUUCUGAAUCGUGUUCAAAUCUUAUCAUACAAUGUAAUAAAUAUAGAAUCAACAAAUCAUUUGUAUUUAUUUGUUUAUUUUUUGGCUUAGUUUUAUUGUAACCAUCACUCUUCAUAUAUAUGUAAAUAUACUGUUGUAAUCAUCUUCAUAUAUAAAAUUGUAUUGUAAACAAAUGACUUUAAAAAAGAAAAUGGCAAUAUGAAGGCAUAAAG